AUGCGGGCUGUAACCGUGGGAAUCAUCUCGAUCGGAGAUAUGGGCCUGGGCAUGGCCAAACUCCUCCAAGCCCACGACUACAGAGUCGUCACCGUCAGCGAGGGCCGAAGCGAACACACCCUCUCCCGCGUCCACGCGGCCAACAUCGAAACCCUCCCCUCAGACCAAGCUCUCGUCGCGCAGGCGGACUACAUCUUAUCCAUCGUCCCACCACGUAACGCCUUAGCCACUGCCCAACGUAUUGCGGGGGCAUGCACACAACCCGAUACAGUCCCCCAGCGGGACGCGAUCGACGACGUCAACGGCCACCCGCAUCGUAGCCCGCUCUACUUCCUCGAACUCAACGCGACCCCGCCCCGACUCGCGGAGGAGUUGGCAGCACUGUUUGCGGUGGACGAGUCCGCCACGUCAACCCCGUUCGUGCGGUGCCACUUUCUCGACGGCGGGAUAAUCGGGGGUCCUCCCGCUCUUGUAUCUGCAUCUACGCCUGCCACGCCUGCGACGCCGCUCGCAGACGCCAACCCCGGAUCAUGGAAAAGACCCAGCGUAGUCCUCUCCGGCGCCGCGUCAACGCUAAAGCUCACCUUCGCCGCGCUGACAAAGGGCCUCACAGCGCUAUCAAUUCUAUCCUUUUCAACCGCGCAGCGCGAAGAACUGCUCCCCGAGUUACUAGCCCAUCUGGACGAGUACUCGCCCGCGACGGCGGGACUAGCGCGCAGAGGUGUGAUCGCGAUGAGUCCCAAGGCGUACCGGUGGGAGGAGGAGAUGCGCGGGAUUGGCGAGGCGUUGGAUACGCAGGGUGAAUGGGAUGGAGUCGGGGCGAGUGUUUACGGCGGGUUCGCGGAGAUAUAUCGUACUGUUGCGGAGGAUACGGUGUUGGGGUUGGAACGGGUUGGGGCUCGUGUGCGUGGGACGAGUGUCGAGGAUGCUGCGCUGGUUAUUGCGAAUCGAGGACGAGACGAUGGGGAGGAGCCGAGGUCGUGA